AACUAUGAAGAAGAAGAAGAAGAUGAAGAUGAUAUCUUAUUGCACACACAUAGUAGAAUUUUGCAGCAGCAGGCAUUUAAGAUAGAUAGGUUGUGAGUAAGAAUAAGAGAAGAAAGGGUAAUUUUUGGCAUUCCUUUUACGAGACCCCACGAGUGGCCUUCUGUUACGUUGUUUUUUCCCUUAAUAAGGCCCCCCCACUCACUUUAUCUCUCUCUUCAGUUAAAAAACUUACUACUUCACUUUAUUGUGCGCGUCUGUUCCGCUCUGAACAAGACAGCAGUCAAUCACAACCCCACAACCACAACACAAACUCACACUCUCACUCACUUCACAGUUCACACACUCUUUUUGAAUUUCUAUACCCUCUCUCUCUAUCUCUCACAGAAACACAGUGUCUCUCUAUCUCUCUCUCAACUAAUAAUCAACCCUCCUGUCUUGCUUGCCCCCACCUCUCACCCCACUUUUGUUGUUUUUUCUCUGAGUCUAAUUUCAAUGAACAAAAGGAAACAUCCAUGAGUCUCAUGAAUCAUCUAUCUAUCUAUGAAAUGAAAAUAAUAAUAAUAAUAAUAAUAAUAAAUAUUAUUAUUAUUAUAUAAAAAAGAAAAAACUGAAGCAAGUAAACAGAGAGGCUUCCCUACAUACAUAGAUAGAGCUAAAUAAAUGGAACUAUCAUCAGAUUUGCAACAAAACAAUAACAAGAAGCAGCAGAAAAGAGGCACCACCACACAUCCCCACCACCAACAACAAGAAUCAUUAUCUCCACCACCUUCAAAUUCUCAUUCACAACAACAACAACAACACCAUCUCGUGGUCCCUUUUGAUGGAAGACCAUCACCUUUCAUUAUGGGCUCCAUCUCCACCAACAACACUAAUUCAUCUCCAUCCAAUUCAUCUUCUUCCUCUGCUUCAGCUUCUGCAAUUGACGCUUCUCUUGCUAUUGCUACCAGAUCUGAACCUCAUUCCAACAAUAACAACCAAAUUCAACAAUUCUCUUCUUCCACCACUACUGCCGUUGCUGUUGCUAAUCCUCCUAAACGAUCCACCAAGGACAGACACACUAAAGUCGACGGUCGUGGCCGGAGAAUUCGAAUGCCGGCGACAUGUGCAGCAAGAGUUUUUCAGUUGACCAGAGAAUUAGGUCACAAAUCAGACGGUGAAACAAUUGAGUGGCUUCUUCAACAAGCGGAGCCGGCGAUAAUCGCAGCCACCGGAACCGGAACAAUUCCCGCGAAUUUCUCGACGCUCAACGUUUCACUCAGAAGUAGCGGCUCAACUCUGUCGGCGCCGCCGUCGAAAUCAGCUCCUCAUAGUUUUCACAGCGCGCUUGCACUGGCUCAUCAUCCUUAUGAAGAAGCUGCGUACCAACACGCGCCACUGUUAGGGUUUCAUCCUCAUCAACAACUCAUGAACGCCGAUCAAAUCGGUGAAGCACUUUCGAAUGAGAAUUAUAUGAGAAAACGCUAUAGAGAAGAUCUUUUCAAAGACGAUAACAACAACCAGAACAACGAAACUGGUGAUGGUGAUGGUUCUUCUUCUCCUAAAGGUUUCAAAACAAACCACCAACAAGAUGGUACUAUGGGAGAACAAGGUGAAGGUGGUGGUGGUGGAGCUUCUUCAUCUUCUUCUUCUGCUUCUUCUGCUGGAAAUUCUAUUUCUGGACUUCUUCGACCACCGUCGAAUAUGUUACCGGCAACAGCCAUGUGGGCCACGGCAGGGAGUGGAAACACAAUAUGGAUGGUACCGGUGACUGGCGGUGGCGGAGCAACUGCGAAUUCAGAGACAGUACAGACGCAAAACAUGUGGCCUUUUAGUACUCAUCUUAAUAAUCAACAAUCUUCUCAACAACAAGGAACACCUUCGUCUCAGCUGCAUUUCAUGCCGAGGUUCAAUGUUCCAACAGGUAAUUCCGGUGGUAGUGGUGGUGUUGAAUUUGAAGGUGGACGUGGUGGUGCAGGUGGUUUACAAUUGGGUUCAUCUGUGUAUCAUCAACCUUCGCCUUCACAGCAUAUUGGAUUGGCAGUGUCUGAUUCAAAUUUGGGUAUGUUGGCUGCUCUUAAUGCUUAUACAAGAGCUGCUGCUGGUCAUCAUUUCAAUGUGGUCAACAAUUCUUCAUCUUCUUCUUCAGAUCAUCAUCAUCAACAACAACCUAGUCAUCAUCAUCAUCAUCAUCAUCAUGAUCAUGAGAGUGGAGAAGAUGCUCCUAAUAGUAAUAACUCACAAUGAGAGAGAGUUUUACAAACAAUUCAUGAUUGCAAGUUGAAUAUCUCAAAAAACUAGUAGUAGUAAUUUGAUUUUGGAAGAAAUUAAUUCCAUCUAUGGAUCCAAUAUAUGCAUCAUGAUAUCGCAUC